UCUAAAUAGGCUAAUCCUCUUAAGGUUUCUUUUCAAUCAAAGCAUGCUAUACGUUAUGGUCAGCAUCUUCAAUUGCUAUUAUACAACGGACAAAUAAUGGAUGUCGCUGAAGCUUCCCUUGAACUACAUUCCAGCCAGGGCGCAAAGAUGGAUACCAAACGCAAGGAAAACAAAGUGAUGAAAGCAAUACGUGUGUCGACCGAUUACGAUUCUCAAGAGAGUGAUCUAGACGAAGAAGAAAACAGCGAUCGCGCUGAAUCGAACAACUCCGAACAUGAAGCUACCCUAUGUAACGCUUUCUCUCAAAUGUCCUUAGUUAACGUGGAACCAUCGUCUAAUGAAGAGUCCGGAAGCAAUGCUCAUCUAGAUAUAAAUCGUGAAAAAAACAUUGAUAAUGAUUGCAAUUUACAGCAGAGCGAUUCGGAAGACGAUAAGCAACUAAACAGCAAAAGCGAUGGCUACGAUACUUCUGGUAGUUCUAGCGUUACGCUCGAUUUAAGCAGCGAAGAUGAGGACGAACGACAGAACUUUUCUACCGAUCGUGGGGAUGGCGAUGCCGGUUUGAAUUUAAGGACCGAUCUGAAGCACCAAAUAAUCAGAGUUAACGUUACGCCUAAGAAGCGUGAGCGUGACCCGGAAGCAUACAAAAAAUGGCUCAAAUCUAAAAAUGAAGAAAUCCGUAAAAAUCGCGAAAAAGAACUGCUCGCUAGGCAAGAACUCCAACGGCAGAAAGAACUAGAGGAAGAAAGACGCAAGGAAAUAAAUAAAAAAAAGAUUCAAGAAUGGAUUGCGGGAAAGAAACAGAGCAGUAAGAAAAGUAACGCAAAACCGAUCGACUGCAAAUACGUUGAUUCUUCUUCAGAACACUUGAAUUGUGAUGCGGAUGCUAAAUACAAGAGCUGGCUGUUAAAAGUUAAGAAACAAGAGGAAGAAAAAAAAUUGCGAGAUCUCACCGUAAAGCAAUUGGAGCAAGAGAUACUGCAAGAAAAGAAGAAAAUGUCGGAAGAAAUUUACCAGCAAUGGCUAAAAACUGCCAAACAUAAACCGAAACCGGUGCCACUAAAUCAAGGGCCUCAUACUCUGCGGGGAACUGUGUCGAAGAUUUUUGUUAAUCCCGAACCGUGGAAAGGCAACUGCGACUAAGG